AUGGUGUGGCUCGACCUCGAGAUGACAGGUCUCGAAGAGCAACACGUCAUCAUCGAAAUAGCCACGGUAGUCACUGAUUCAAACCUUGAAAUCUUGGCUGAGGGACCGGACAUUGCAAUCAAUCGUUCGGUGAAUGACCUCAACAAUAUUGACCCGUGGUCGGCGCGUCAACACUCUGAAUCUGGACUCAUUGACAAGGUGAGGGCCUCGAAGAUCGGCAUCAAUGAAGCGGAAACCCAGACGUUGAGUUUCGUCAAAGAGUGGGUCGUCAGUGGGAAGCGCCAUUGUGCGGCAACUCGAUCUGGGUCGACAGGUUGUUUUUGA